AUGGGUAUAACACGCAUUAAGGCAUAUAUUUUAUUUAUUUAUUUAUUUUUUUUAAAAAAAAAUAAUAAAUUAAUAAAAAAAAAAGGUUUAAUAAGAAAUUAUAAUGAAGAUAGAAUUAGUAUAGUAUUAAAUAUAGGAAAACCUUUAAAUAAAUAAAAUAUAUAGGAUUGGCCAAAUGUUUCUUUUUAUGGAAUUUAUGACGGACAUGGAGGUUGUUAAUGCGCUGAUUUUUUAAAAGAUUAAUUACAUAAUUUUAUUAUUAAAGAUGAUAAUUUUCCACAUAAUCCCAAAUAAGCUAUUAUAAAUGGAUUUUUAAAUGCCGAUGAGUCUUUUUUAAAAAAAGCCGAUAAUCCUUAAAAUUUAGAUCGUUCUGGUUCUUGUAUUAUUUUAUUAAUGAUUUUAAAUGAUUUAAUUUUUGUUGCUAAUUUAGGAGAUUCUAGAGCUGUUUUAAGUACUAAUAAUGGAUAAAAAAUUAUUGCUUUGAGUACUGAUCAUAAACCAAAUCAUCCUGAUGAAGAAAAAAGAAUAUUAUAAAAUGGAGGAAAAAUUUAUUAACGAUAAGUUCCUAUUAUUAACCCCGGAGGACCUAUAUUAUAUAUAAAUGGUCCACAUAGAGUUAUCCCUGGAAGAUUAGCAGUUUCUAGAAGUAUGGGGGAUAUAGAAGCAAAAUUUAAAAAAUAUGGAGGAAAUAUUAAUGUAGUUAUUGCAUAACCUGAUAUUACUUGUAUUUAAAUUUAAUAGAAUUACGAUUUUAUUUUACUUGGAUGUGAUGGAGUUUUUGAUAAAUUAAGUAAUGAAUAAUGCAUAAAUUUUAUGUGGUAAAAAAUAAAUUAAUAAAAAAAUAAUAACAAUUGUGAUGAUAUAUUUGGCGAGGCUAUUGAAAAUUUACUUUAAUAAAGUUUAUUACAUAAAAGUUUUGAUAAUAUUAGUAUAUUAGGUAUAAAUUUUAAAUAAUAAUUAAUAAUAAAGUCUUGA